AUGCCAGCCACCGUCUCCCACUCUCACCGACCGACGACCAAGGUGGACCACAAGCCGUUCAAGUCGAAGGCGGCGUCCAAACACGAGUUGCGAGACCGCGCUAAAGGCCGGGUUCCCAACGAGAAAGGCUCUCGCAAAACACCCCACCAGCAAGUUAUGAACAAGUUCGACCGCCGAAAUCAGGCCAAGCAGGCCCGCAUUUCUAAGCAUAAGGAGCACUUGAAGGAGACUUCGGUAUUCUCUGGGAAGGACGGAGCGCCGAGAAAUGUGGCUGUCCUGCCUCUCUGUCCCGGCGGCGAUGCCAAUUUUGCGAUUCAGCAACUGAACCAGAGCCUUGACGUCGAUUCCAACUCCGAGGACGUUGCGCACCGCGUCACGGUCGAUCGUUUUAAGCAAAAAUUACAAUACAUUCCCCUUCAACGGGACUUGAGCGCUUGCCUCGAUGCUGCCAAGGUGGCCGACUUUGUUGUCGUCGUUGUCUCAGGCACGGUCGAAGUGGAUGAACUGGGCGAGUUGAUCCUGCGCAGCGUGGAGAGCCAGGGCAUGUCCAACCUUUUCACUGUCGUUCAGGACGUGGACAAGAUUGAGCCUGCAAAGCAACGCCAAAGUGUUCUGGCUUCUCUGAAGUCUUUCAUUUCACAUUUCCACCCGGAUCAGGAGAAGCUCUAUAACCUUGAUAAUCGCCAGGAGUGUUCGAACCUCAUGCGAUCGCUGUGUAGCACCACACCCAAGGGUAUCAACUGGAGAGACGAGAGGAGCUGGAUGCUCGCGGACUCUGUGCAAUUCGGAAGGGGCGUUGACGAAUCCACCAUCGUGACUGGCUUCGUCAGGGGCCGAGGGCUGAAGGCCGAUCGACUCAUCCAGGUUGGCGACUGGGGCGCGUACCAAAUAGAGAAGAUCGUUGCUGCACCUUUACCGAAGCAAAUCAAGAGGAAAGGUCAGGAGGUCAAGAUGGACGAGCCAGGCGAGGAAUUGCUCGAGGAACCUUCUGCAGAUCAGGAUGAUUUGAAUGAGCUGGCUCCCGACGAUGUGGUCAUGGACGCUGAUGACGAUGGCAUGUCAGUUGCCACCAUGGCCAAGAAGGGUGUCCUGCUAGACGAUCACCAUUAUUUCUCCGAGAACGAAGAGGAAGAAGGUGGUGUAUCGACCAGGAAACUACCCAGGGGUACAUCGCGUUACCAAUCAGCGUGGUAUCUAGACGACGUCUCUGAUUCCGGGUCCGAUCUGGAGGAUAUGGAUAUGGACGACGAGGCAGAAGAGGAUGAAAGCGCGCCGGAAGAUGGCAUUGAAGGCUUUGCUGAGCCUGAGCCCACAGAAGGAGGUCCUUCAGAAUACCCGCAGUCGGAAAUGAUGGAUGUUCCCGACGAAGAUGAGGAUGCAAAACAGUUGCAAAGGUAUCGGGCGAGCAAACGUGACGAGGCGGAGGACGACAGGGAGUUCCCCGACGAGGUUGAGCUGCCGCCCAAUGUGCUUGCGCGGGAGAGACUCGCUCGGUACCGUGGACUGAAGAGUCUGCGAACAAGCGAAUGGGAGGAGAGUGAGGACCGCGCACACGAGCCCGAAGACUGGCGACGGCUGCUUCAGGUCCCCGACUACGGGGCUUCUCGCUCUCGUGCCACUCGCGAGGCACUCGUGGGUGGUGUGGCUCCCGGCACACGAGUCCAAGUCUACAUCAAGGGCAUCAGUCCUAAAGUCGAGAAGGCGCAUGACCCCAGUUCCCCAGUCACCCUCAUCUCCCUCCUCAGACACGAGAACAAGAAGACGGUGGUCAACUACCUCUUCAACCUGAGUUCCGACCACACGUCUUCCAUCAAGGCCAAGGAGGAACUGAUCGUUCAGUGCGGGCCACGUAGGAUGGUCGUCAAUCCUGUCUUCUCCCAUGGUGGCAAUACCCCCAACGAUGUUCACAAGUACUGCCGCUUCCUGCACCCUGGAGGCUCUUGUGUUGCUUCAUUCAUGGGGCCAAUCACUUGGGGAGCCGUCCCGGUCCUCUUCUUCAAGCGCACUUCCCAAAGUCCCGAGCAAGGGCUCGACAGCGGGCUAUCAUUGAUUGGCACAGGGACGUCGUUGCCCCCUUCGACAUCCAGAGUCAUUGCCAAGCGGGUGAUUCUGACGGGUCACCCCUACCACAUCCACAAGAAUGUUGUCACCAUCCGGUACAUGUUCUUCAAUCGCGAGGAUGUCGAGUGGUUCAAGGCACUCCCCUUGUGGACGAAGAGAGGACGAAGUGGGUUCUUCAAGGAGCCUCUGGGUACUCAUGGUUACUUCAAGGCGACGUUUGAUGGGCGGAUCAACCCUCAAGACUCUGUCGGCAUCAGCCUGUAUAAGAGGCUAGUGCACGAUGGAGACAUGGAGAUGGAUGGGUAA